ACAGGUGAGCAGACACACCGCGCUGCUGACAUGACAGGGAAUUAGAGAAGCGAGGACCAUUUGAGCGCCUCGGAGGGACUCGGCUCCCCUUCACUGGAUUAUAACCCGGAGGACAGAUCAUUCAGAUAUUAUAGGACUUUACAGAGCUCGCGAGCCUCGGCGAACCUAUUACAUGAUUGUUUGGUUAUUUUGUUUCGUGAGCGUUUUUAUAAAACCGGGGAUUUGACAAGUUAAUCCCAGGACUACACACGCACGCACGCACCAUGAUGAACUCUGAGGGCCUGAGGCCGGCUCCGUCCGGCAGGAAGUCCCUGGGCAAGCUCGCCUCCCGGCUGGAGGAGGUGAAGAACCCGUGGCGGCAGGUCUCCACGCUGGAGCUGAGCCACAACGAGGCGGCCCGGCUGGCGACGGACGCCCUGCUGGAGCACGGGGAGAUGGAGUACCGCAGGGUCCUCACCGAGGAGCGGGAGGUCAACUUUCUGUCCCCGCUGGAGGUCCGCUACAUCACCCAGCAUUCGGCCAAGGCGUGCGGCUCCGAGAGCAACGGCACCGGCCCCAACGACCGGGACUUCGGGGACGGGGACGCCGUGUCCGAGCUCACCUCCGGGACUUACUUCCCUAUGAUGUCCGACGAAGAGCCGCCGAUGCUGGAGCUCGGCUGGCCGGAAUCCCCGGCGAGGUACGGACCGUCGGAGACGCAGAUCUACUUCCAGAGGGACAAGUCUCACAACGUCAAAGACCUCAUCAGGUCUCUGAUCAACAAAGCCAAAAAGGUGAUCGCGUUGGUGAUGGACGUGUUUACAGACGUGGACCUGCUGUGUGAUCUUAUGGAGGCGUCCAACAAGCGCCGGGUCCCCGUCUACAUCCUGCUGGACGAGAAAAACCUCGACUACUUCUUAGAAAUGUGCUCGGCGCUCGAUGUUCAGAACUCACACCUGAGUAACAUGCGAAUUCGCAGUACGUGCGGAGACACAUACUGCACCAAGAGCGGCAAGAAGUUCACCGGCCAGGUCCUGGAGAAGUUUAUGAUCAUUGACUGUGAAGAGGUCAUCGCCGGGUCAUACAGUUUCACCUGGCUGUCGGCUCAGGUGCACAGCAACAUGAUGAUGCAUUUCUCAGGCCGCAUCACCGACAGCUUCGACCGGGAGUUCCGCUGUCUGUACGCCGACUCGCAGAUCAUCGACUGCUUCUUCAACCCGGAGGAGGAGGGGAUGCCCUACUACCCGUCAUACCAAGCCAUGAUGGGCCCCGGCACGGGCAUGGGGCUGGGUCCCAUCAUGGGGCUGGAUUUACUCUCUGAGAGCAGGCAGAGGGUGUGCUCUGAUCACUCCAGCAGCCAAUCAAGUAACAGCAUCUCCAGUGUGAAGGCCGCACCCGGGAUGACCUCCAAGACGGUCUACAAGGUCACUCAAGGUCACGACAAGAAGGAGCCCAACAACAACUCUCACCUGAGCCCUGAGAGGAGAGCAGGAGGCUCGGGUAACGGAGGAACCAAUCACAGCCCAGUCAUGGAAGGACCGCCCCCGCCCUACGGUCAGCCAAAGGGCAUGGAGUGGAUCAAGCCUCACCCGGCGGACGUCAUGCGGUCAAAUAUAGGGGGCACCUCCAACAAGUUCCAGGCGUUGGGGUUGUACGAUCACAAACCGGGCGCGUUCCACAGCGGCAGGCUCAGCCCUGGCACCCCCAACUCAAACCUAAACCCCAGGACCCAGACGCCCUCCCCGCUCAAUGACAGCAAACUGACCCCCAAGCACAGGACUUCCUCCAACCAGUUCAUCAACAAACUCACAGACCUCUUCCUGCCCCCGUCCAGCAAAGACAAAGACAACUUCCGGAAUUCACCGUCCCCUCACGGCACCACGACCUGGGGGGGGCCAGACCUCUCUGAGCCUGAGCCUGAGAGCCAGCAGAGCCCGCCGCCGCCGCCGCUCUCUCCGGUCAAGGUGAUGACCCGACACGACCAAAAACGAAUGACGCUGGGCCACAGCAAGCUGGACCUGGUGAACCAGUACAACAAGACGAAAUACAAGCCGGUGUACAGCCGCUUUGAGCUCAAGACCCCGAAUUAAACCGGGAGUUCGGACUAUUAUUAGAUUAUUACAAUCCACGAGGAAAAGUCUCCAUGGACUCUGGUGGUUUUUAUAAAGAGGUCAGUCCUUCGUCUUCUUCCACAGUUGAUGCCUGGCAGAAAUCACGCCAUUACGGCCAUGUUGGCUCUGACGCUCCUUCAGAGUUUCCCUUUGUGUUUCCUGAAACCAUUUUGCCUCUUUUUAAUCAUGUGAGGAGCCUUUAAAGAUACAGCAGGGUUGUUGUUGCUGUUGUUGUGGGGUUGUAGUUUACAAAACACAUGAAAUAUAUUUACAAGGACUAUAUAUUAAAACUGAUUGAAUUCCUUUGUAAUAAAAUAAAAUAAUAAAAACAAGGCGGUAGCCAAAACAGGUCUCACACACACACAGCAGUUGUUUGUCCUAACAGAAGAUCUGUCACAUUUAAAAAUGACAAGUUGCAGCUGAGCUGAACUCUGAGAACAGAUCGUCCUCAAUGUGUCCCAACAUGAACCUUAAAGAGACAAUUGAAAAUGUUUUCACUGGAGCCUCGCACUGCCUUUUCUUUACUUCACUCCAGGAACUAACGGCACGAGACAAUUUUACACUUGACGCCAGAACUUAUUUAAUAAGAGUCUUAAAGUCAUUUUUAUUUAAAUAUUUUGUGUGCAGUUGGCCGCACGAUGAGGCAAACUUGAAAACUUUCUGUACUUCAAGUGAAUGGGCUCCAUCUUGAAGUCCAAUAUCCAGUUCUUAUAAUACAUCCAUGGUGACGGCAAGUGACCCGGCGGCGACACGUAUGUGACCUCAGUGCUCUGUACCUGCUUAAUCAGGUUAACUAUCAAUAGUGGAAGUGAUGUCACCAACUAUUUUUAGAUCCCGCCCACACGGAUACUACUGCACAAAUCAAAUUACAAGAACCGGAACCAAAAAUUCACACCUCAUGUAGGGGGCAAACUAACUUUUAUUCUUUUUAGUAAAUACACGUUCAAAACAAACACCAAGGACUCUGAUAUCUAUUUAUAUUAGAAUUUUAGUCUUUAGUCCAAAAUUAGCUCUGAUUUUCAUAUUUUUACUUUUGUAUGUUGUUUGAUGCAAACAAGUAAACUAAAUGUUUUUUUCCUGAAUGAAAAAGCGCAGAGUAUCAGGACUCAGUUAUCGUGUGUGAAGACCCUAAAUGUAAAAACAUCUUCAUCCUUUUCUUUCAGUUGUGCUUGGAUUGGAUUCUUCCUGUAUUAUAGUGUAACACGUGCCUUGAUCAUCCUGCCUUACAUUUUACAAUCACAGUUUAGACAAACGUAAUAAUCUCCUGUGACUUCAAAUAAGUGUCACUACAGGUACACACAUGCCUAUGUGAUACCGCUGUCACUACAGGGAACAAAGCUUUUAUGUAAAUAGAAGCAGAAGCAGUGAGACGAUAUUCCUGGUGCUGUAUCUCGUUACAAUUCUGGGAAAAUGAUGUGUAAGUGCAGAAACUGAAGGGCUUUGGGGCAAGACAGUUUUGAGAAGAUGCUAUUUGUCUGUUUAAAGAAUAAGCAUGCACAUUUUACAGUGCUGUCAUACAUUUAAAAUUAGUUUCUUUAUUGCAUUAAGUUUGUCUUUACAGAGGAUUGGUUCCUCAUACAGUAGAUUUUUUUUAUAAUAAACAGGAUUUUUUUGUCAAAUAUGUAGAUUUGUAAAUAGACUGUUUAAGUUACACCCAGUUAAUACAAAUUUAGUAUUAUUCACAUAAUGUGUUGAUUUAGUUCUUUUCUGUGAUGACUUGUGCUGGUGCACAGUCGUUUUUCAUCACUCUACAGGGCUUUCCAAAUAAUUCCUCCUCGGCGUGGAGCAGCAGUGCAGCAGGCAAUGAAAACACCUAAGCAAUACCGAUUGACAGUGAUCAAUAAUUUUGAUACGUGUGUGUUAACUGCUCAUUUUAGUUGGCAUUGCUGCUGUUUCUGCAGCCGGACAAUGUGCAGGCAUGUCCUGUCUGUCUGACUGAUGUAUAUUAUGUUGUGUAUAUAUGAAUGAACUGACUGUCAGGAAUUUGGGUUAUUUUUAAAGAAACUUAAACACAUUUGUUUUAUGUUGUUUUAUUUUUUACAUUAUGUUAUUUACUGGAGAAUGUGAACUUUCUGUGUUGAAGUUGGUCUUUAUUUGUAAGAUGGAAGAUUUUAAUAAAACAAGAGGUUGAAGUUAA